AUGGCGCCCAAUGUUCUCGUGGUAUCCAAUAGGGUGCCCGUCACCAUCAAGAAGACACCGUCAGGUGAGUACGAGUAUACCAUGUCAUCCGGAGGUCUUGUUACCGCUCUGCAAGGACUCAAAUCCCCGUUCAAGUGGUUUGGAUGGCCAGGACUAGAAGUCGCGGACGAGGACAAGGCCAAGGUCGAAUCGGACCUCAAGGAGAAGUUCAAAUGCUUUCCCAUAUGGUUGUCUGACGAGAUCGCGGACCUGCACUAUAACGGUUUCUCCAACAGCAUUUUGUGGCCUCUUUUCCACUACCAUCCAGGUGAGAUGAAUUUUGAUGAGAAUUCGUGGGUGGCUUACAUCGAGGCCAAUCGACUGUUUGCAGAGGCCAUUGCCGAGAAGGUGGUUGACGAUGAUCUUGUGUGGAUCCACGAUUACCACCUGAUGUUGCUUCCUGAGAUGCUCAGGGCAAUCAUUGACCGCAAAGGUUUGAAGAAUGUUCGUCUGGGAUUUUUUUUGCACACUCCGUUCCCGUCUUCGGAGAUAUACCGUAUUCUGCCCGUGCGGAAGGAGAUACUCGAGGGAGUCCUGAGCUGCGACCUUAUCGGCUUCCACACCUAUGACUACGUCCGGCACUUUCUGAGUUCCGUGGAGCGUGUGGUGAAGGCGCCAACUUCACCACAGGGAGUUCGUUACAACAACCGUAUGGUCAACGUGGGAGCGUAUCCGAUCGGAAUCGACGUUGAGAAGUUCACCAGCGGAAUGAAGACCGACGAGGUGAUCCAACGGGUCCAGACCCUCGAGCGCAACUUCGGCCAAGGGGUCAAGCUUAUUGUUGGUGUUGAUAGACUAGACUAUAUCAAGGGUGUUCCCCAAAAGCUGCAUGCUUUUGAGAUCUUUCUCGAGACCCACCCGGAAUGGAUUGGCAAAGUCGUCCUGAUCCAGAUUGCUGUGCCCUCGCGCGGAGAUGUUGAAGAAUACCAGAAUCUUAGAGCCACGGUGAAUGAGCUGGUUGGCCGCAUCAACGGCCGUUUUGGCACGGUUGAAUUUGUACCCAUCCACUUCAUGCACAAGUCUGUUCCGUUUGACGAACUGAUUGCCGUCUACGGAGCAUGUGAUGUCUGCUUCGUGAGCUCCACACGUGACGGUAUGAACCUCGUGAGUUAUGAGUAUGUGGCCUGCCAGGAGAAGAAACACGGCUCGUUGAUUCUUAGUGAGUUUGCCGGUGCUGCGCAAUCCCUCAAUGGCGCCUUGAUCGUGAACCCAUGGAACACCGAGGAAUUGAGUGAUGCGAUCUAUGAGGGCUUGACCAUGUCCGACGAAAAGAGAAAGGGCAAUUUCGAUAAAAUGUUCAAGUACAUCGAAAAAUACACGGCCAGUUUCUGGGGCGAGAACUUUGUGAAGGAGCUGCUGAAGAUGUGA